AUGGAUAGAUCCGAGUUGAAGAAGGAACCAAGUUGGCCGACGCCACUUGCAGCGACCUACACGAUGCUAGGAGCCUGCGACCGUGCCACGUUUGACACAAGUCAGAGAACAAUGGUACUUUCUCUGAACCAUCUCGCAGCUGUGAAUGAUUUUUCCGGGGAUUCAAUUGAAUCCGCUCCCUCGCACGCAGUCAUCCCAGGCACACAACUAGACAUUCCCAAGUUCGCUCAAGUGGCGAACAGUUUAUAUUCAUUCCAUAUCCUACUACAUCUCAUAACUGAAGGCACGUCAAUCAAGCGUGAAGCUGUGAUAGUCGGGGACGUGUUCGUCGCCCUCGGUGCAACUGCUGGACACACGUACCCGGACCCGAAGCAGUGGACCGCUCUCCCAGUGCUAGCCUUGGAAUUGGGGGACUCGGCCCCAUCGAUCCGGAGGGAUCGCAUGUCGCCGCAUGGUAUAGCCAAGACAGGGAACGCGCCAGAGCCACGAGGACAACUGCAGUGGCCGACAGUGGACGCAAAGGAGGACUUGAGGGGGACGAAAUGCAGACGCAUAAUGGACGCUGAACGUACUGUGCACAUGCUUGGACUCACCGCCCCCAUACGAGACCGUGGAAGCUCGCCUCAACCGGGCGUCAAUCUUCGUGGCAAUCAGCUUCAGCUCCCAGCAUAG